AAUAACUUAACAGGAAAAAAGAAAAAAAAAAAAAAGAAGAAAGAAACAGAAAUCUUCUUUUUUGCUUUACAACGAAGAAAAAAAAAGGCUAAUUCAGAGCUCCCUCCUCCACAAUCUUCUUCUCCCCCCCAGAAUCAUCAUCAUCAUCAUCGUAUAUUCCUUCCAUCAAUUCUUGUUCCUCUCAUCAUAGGUUUUCGCGCCGCCGCCCAAUCGUGAAUCCAAUGGCGGGGUUAGAGAAAAACGCAGACCACACGGCGAAAACGAAAUCGAGCUUCUUCAGCAGGUCGUUAACAACUCAUCACGGAAGACCAGUAACCGCAUCAUCCCUAAACCCUUCCCUGAACCGAACAACCUCCAUCACCAAAUACUACACCACCUCCCCCGUGGAAUCAGUCGGAAACUCCCUCAAAGGCAAAGUCAAAGACCUUUGCAGACUAUUCGAAUGCUCAAAAUCCGUCAAACAAACAACCGAUCCUCCUCCACAACAGAAGAAGCCCCCAGGGAAAUCGGUUUUAUCCGAAUCCCGGUUAUCUCCCUUCCUAAGCCUAACCAACUCCGUCACCCGUCUCCCUGGGACGGAGGACCGUAUCGUGGUGUUUUUUACCAGCCUGAGAGGGAUUAGAAGGACUUACGAGGACUGUUACGCCGUUAGGAUGAUUUUUAGAGGUUUUAGGGUUUGGAUUGAUGAGCGCGACGUGUCGAUGGACUCGGGUUAUAGGAAGGAGUUGCAGAUUGCGAUGGGGGAGAAAGUUAGUGUUUCUUUGCCUCAGGUUUUUAUUAUGGGGAAGUAUGUUGGUGGUGCUGAUGUGAUCAAGAGUUUGUUUGAGAUUGGGGAGUUGGCUAAGAUUCUUAAGCAGUUUCCUGUGAGGGAGCCUGGGUUUGUGUGUCGGUGUUGUGGGGAUGUUAGGUUUAUUCCGUGUUUGAAUUGUAGUGGGAGUAAGAAGUUGUUUGAUGAGGAUGAAGAUAGGGUUAAGAGGUGUCCUGAUUGUAAUGAGAAUGGGUUGAUACGUUGUCCUGAUUGCUCUUCUUGAGAAGAAGAAGAAGAGAAGGAAAAAAACAUAGAGAUGUAUUUCUUUUGUGUUGUGUGUGUGUGUAGAUCAAAGUGAAUAUAUGCAAGUAUCCGAAAAUCUCUUUUGGAUCAGUAGCGAUAUUUCACUUUUCGGCUUUUAAGGUUUGUUGUGAUCAUUGGUAUUGGGGAUCCUGAUGAUCGUUGAUUUAGAUAAUGUAAUGUGUGUUUGUUACUGAGGGCUAAUGUAAUUUGUGUUGUAGUCUGAAAUGGCUGAAAUGGGUAGUAAGCAUUUCGGGUCUUGUGUGUCAAUGUUGUGGGAAAAAACAACUUUGUUCAUUGUGCUAUAUGUAUUUGAUUGUAUAUACUUUAGUGUGUUUAUUGGUAUUGUGUUUGAUUAUGAUCGGUGUUGUCUUCUAUAUUUGGCCUUCCCCUGUUCAUAUGAUCUGUCUUAUUAUGACAGCUUUGUAAGAGCUCGGC